AUGACGGGCGGCAGCGACCACGUCGGCUCCAAGGGGGCCGCGGACGUUGUCAUGCAUUGUGCCGCGGACGACCUAGUGGAGUUGGGCUUUAAAGUUCCCGACCGCCGGGAAUCCAAGGAAAUGGACAAGGUUGCAGGCUAUGAGAUCGAGCCGAACCUGCCCGACUUAGGCUACCUGCCCCGAAGCAUAUCUUCCAGUUCGCUAAGCAGAAUGAAGGGCUCCAGGGGCGCCGAGGGCUCCGAAAAUGGCGGCCCGGUGGUCCUGGUUACGGAUGCCGAGGGGCCGAACGGUCUGGCUUGCGGGGGCUACGGUAUCGUCGCCACCGUGAUUUUUGGCCGCGAGGCCCGCUUGCUCUGGGAGGCCGGGACUAGGUUGGUGCAGGUUCAGGGUUUCUAUAGGAGUAAGGUGAUUUCGCUCGAGGACAACAUGCCUUGCUCGUGCGCCAUUGCCAAGGGGGGGUCCGCCGCGGGCCUGCUCAAUUUCCUCCUCCGCCGCCGAUGCGCCCUUUGUGCCGCCGCUGAGCUACGCCUGCUGCUGCCCUGGGUCGAGGCGUGGCGGAUGCCCGCCGAUUGGGCGUCGCGCAGUAGGACAUGGAUCUCGAGGGAGGUGUUAGAGGGCAUCUCGCAGGGCCCGGUCCAGGUCGUCCAGCAGCACAGAGAGGGGGUGGAGCCGUUCACCCCCGAUCAGUGGGAUGGCGCUAUCAUGGACUUCAAGAGGUUUGGGGGCUCCGAGGCUGUGGGGAUGGGGGUCCUGACUAAGUCCAAGUUCACACUGCUCCUCGCGGCGGUGGAGUUCCGCUUCCCGCGCAUGAAGGGGGGGCUGUGUCGAGUUAAGGCUGCCCUCAAGGGCUGGGACUAUGCUCGCCAACCUCGUCGCACCGUCCACAUGAUUAGUAACGUGUGUGCCUGGAUGUGUAUUCAUUUUUGCGCCAGUGGUGUGCCGCGUCUUGGGUUCGGCAUUGUGAUCCAGGGCAAGUUCGGGAUGGGGCCGAGUGAAAUGCUGGGGGUAGAGGCUGACGACGUCACCCUCCCGGAGGACUGGGGCUAUCCUGGAGGCUCGGGACCUGUCGUCAUCGGUUUGGGGGCCCGGGCGAUGACGACAGCCAAGCGCCCGCAGUCUGUGUCGUUCCUGGAGGAGCAGGAGCCGGGCCUCGCAGAGGGCCUCAGGAUUCUUCGCCGUCGCACUCCCAAGGGCCAGCGGAAUUUCCCGUUCUCCCUGGCCCAGUACCGUGGCCUCAUUAAGACCGUGCAGGCCUCGUGCAACCUUGACGUCGGGUGGGCGCAGCUCUACGCGCAGCCGAUUUGCAGCCUGCCCUGGACGGGGCCGCCCGCCACUGGUGCCCUACGUUUCGCCGUGCCUUCGAUGGCGGGGACCAGGGCGCCCAGCGGCGUCAAGGCGCCGCGCCGCAAGGGCGCGGCAGCGCAGGCCAGGGGCGAGGGCGCGAAGUCGGGCUCGGAGGCGGGCUCGUGGCUGGAGGCCAGCGCGAAGAUGCAGGCGGCAGCGGGGAGGUCUCUUGCCAAAUCGCUUAAGUCGGGCAAGGGCGGCCAGCUCCAGUGGCUGAUGAAGUGUGCGCCGUCCGGGCCCCUCCUGGGCAAGCUCGUGCUGGCCGCCGUGCUGCUGGGCAUCUUGCCCGCCAGCCUCUUCCCCACCACCGCCAGGGGCCUCGUCGCCAUGACCGACGUGGCGGAAGAGGUGGGGGCAGCAGCGGGGAAGAUCGUGACUGCAGGAGCGACUGUGAGCACGAGCGUAGCGAAGCUCGGGUCAGCAGUGACUGAUGGGUCGAUCGGCCUGGUCGAGGCGGCUUGGCGCGGCGUCGACCUGAUGGAUGUCCACGUGCAGGGCAGCACCGGCAGGUUUUUCGUCGAGGAUGAAGACGAUUGGCCCGCUUUUCUCCAGGAGCCGGAGGUCCAGCGGGUCAUGCAGCUUGAGCCGGAGUUUUCUGACGAGCUGGAGCGCCUCUUGCUCUUCUCCUCGGCCACUAGGCCGAGGGGUGAAUUCACACACAGUGCGUUCCGCUCUCCCAACAUGUACCAGUCCGUGAGUUUUUGGGUCCGCUGGCUUCCCAGCGGCCAUGUCGGGAUCGCCUGGAGGGUGGUCGCGAUUCGUUUCCGUCCGCAGUGGGCAAACCCAGCGUGGUGGUUGCUCGGUAUGGAUGAGUCGGCCGAGGCGCCGACCAUGGCCGAGCAGUUGAAGGUCCUGUCAGAAUCUUGUUUCCCCGCGCCUGAGCUUGACCUCGGCCCCGAGGCGCUCCGUGGAGGGCCCAGGGCGCUGGAAGGCGUCAGGAAUGAAAAGCUCGACCAACAGCUGGCCCAGCUCCAGAAGCAGCUCGACAACUGCAUCAAGAAACUGGCCACGACGCCCAUUCGCGCGCAAGCAGAACAGCUACAGGGUCUCAAGGCGGAGUUGGCGAACACGGCUCAGGCGAUCAAUGAGGCCGAGACGUUCAGGGUCGAGCUAAAGGCCAAUAGAGUCGCCGUUUACCAGCAGGUGGACCAGAUCUGUAACGAGAUCGAAAAGUCACGGAUGGCGUCGGUGGUAAUUAGUGGCAGUGCCGAAUUCAAUUUGCCAGCGUUGAUGCUCGUGGGCAAGGACGCCAUCGAUAAUAUGCUGCAGUCGGAGGCUUUCAAGGAGUUCACGGAGCGCUUCGCGACGGCGCAGGCGCAGGCCCCAGCCGCCACCGGGCCGCCCGCCUACGGCAAGGCGAGCACGGCGCCGACGGCAUCGGCCGCGCCGGUCAUAGAGGGCAUGCCCACACCCUGGCCGCUGCCAUCGUCGACGCAGCAGCUUGGCUCCACCACCAAGUCCGUGGCGGCAGCCAACAAGGCCGUGCAGCAGGGAUCCCUCGGCAGCGGCCAGGUUCCCCUGGGCGAUCCCAUGCCGGCUCACGAGCUGUCCCACGUGCAGGGCGUGCUGAGCAUGCUGCUAGAGGCCAGCGCGCAGGACGGCAACGCCAAGAAGCGCGAGGACAUCGCCAAGAGACUGGAGAUUCUAUACUCCAGAUUGUCGAGCGGUCAGAUGAAGAACUCAACGUCUCAGAAGGUGCUUCAGCUCGUGAAGGCCAUCGAGGCGCAGGACUACGCCACGGCCGGCCGGCUGCAGGCGGACCUCUCCUCGAACGACUGGGAGAUCGCUAAUAUGAAGGCUUCCAUGCACAUCACCUGCCAGGAGCACCCGUCCAAGUUCGAGGUCCUCACAGCCAACAUCUCAGCCAUCGCCCAGGGGCAGCCGAUUGACGUCGAGGCGAUGGGCACCAGCAUCCAGUUGAAUAGCAGGGUGGAGGCUGUGGAGCAGACGCUUUCUGAACUACGUCAGCAGAUGGCCUGCAGGAAGGAGCUGAUCCACAAUUCGCUGGAACCGCCAUUCCAACGCCUGUUCUCGCCGCUGUGGGUCGUCACGCUCGACGCGCUGAAGCAGACGGGCAGCUGGUCCGAGGAGUACAAGCUCGGCGCCAACUGCUACCGUAAGGAUCUCAACGUCACCUCCGCCGAGGAGAUGCGGGUGCUGUUCCGCAUGAAGAUCGACGCCAAGGUCAUCGUUGAGUACGUUCCGAACGUUCCCGACCUCGUUGAAUGGGGCAUCUCCGAGGAUGAAGCCCGCAACCUGAUCAAGGCAGCCGAGGCCUGUGGAGAGACAGACCUGCGCUCGCUGUGCAGCCUCUACCUUGCCAUCCUUGAGGGCAUCGAGGUCCAGGAGGUGCUCCACGCGAACACAGAGGUAGGCUGCGCGUUCUUCGAUUUCACCGCGGGUGGCCCUCUGUUUGCUUUCGCCCUCGACCCUUUCGUGCGAGCCCAGCUGUCCGAGCUCCCGGUAGACGCAGGCGAGCUGGGCGCGUUUGCCGACGACAUAGGCCAGUGCGAACGUGUGGGAGUCGUCGAGUUGGGCCGCGGGGUGCCCUUCCCCUCGAGCGUCCUGGAGAUGCUGCGGGUGCGUGACUCCAAGCCGUGUGGAGCGGGUCACGUGUUCGUGCUGGCGAAGGGGCGAAGGACCUUGGCGGCGCUCGGCCCGCGGGCGCCUGGCCUGGCCGCGCUCGCCGCCGCGCUCGCCGGCGCGGGCCUCGCCGGGGAGGCCUUCGUCGGCCUGGCGCCUCGCGGGGCCACCGCCGCCGGCGCACGGGCAGCCAGAGCGGCGCGGGCUGCCGAGAAGGCGCGGGCAGCCUACGUCGCGGUCGUGGACUGCAGCGUGAAGGCUGGCGGCGAGGAGGAGUUCAUUGAGGCAACGUUGGCAAAUUGCCGCAAGUCUUUUUUCGAGGAGUGGUGCCAGCGUUACGACUUCCUGCAGUCUACGGAAGAUCCGACUCAGUUUGCACUCCUGGAGGUAUACAGGAAGCCGAUCGGGCCUGUGGAGCACUUCGCGACCCAGCAUUACAUGGAUUGGGCCGACAGUGUCAAGCCCCUCAUGACAUCGGACAGGUCCAGCACGCAGUGGGACACCAUCUGCCCACCGCUGGCGUCUGGGUACGUACCGAAUGCCCUCGUCCUGGAGAGCUCCGUGGCCAGAGUGUUUGAUGUCACGUACGUGUACAUCGACGUCAAGCCUGGAAGUGAGGACGCGUUCAUCGAGGCGACGAUGGAGAACGUCGAGAAGUCUCUUAUGGAGCCGGACAAUCUGCGCUUCGAUUUCUUACGCAGCGUGGACGAGCCGAACAGGCGUCGCGCGUCCAUUCGGCCCGCCUCCAGCACGUCUCAGUUUUCGCAAGUCUCUCGACGGCCUUCGGACCAACCCACCACCGUGCCUAGGCUAUGGGCCCGGAGCCUCGUCGAUGCAUCUGUGCAUCAUCAUCACCGCCAUCAUCAUAGGUACGCAGGCCACGUGGCUCGACAGAGUGAGUACGACCCAUGUCGUUUAACUUCGCAGGUGCUGCAGUGGAACUGUCAGCGCGUUGCUCGUCAGAACGUCCGCAAAGCUUCGGACGGCAGGCGCGACUGGAAGUCGCAUGAGGACGCCUGGAUUCGACAUGUCUUGGACAAAGCGGCUCCUGCUCCUCCUCCUCCUUCCAUCCUGUGGAGCCAAGUCUGCUCGGCGGGAGGGCCCGGCCGGCCUCCCGCGCGGGCCGGCCUCGAGCACCGCGUCGGGGCUCGUCUGCAGGCGGGUUGCUGA